AUUUUGGCAGAAAUUGGCAAAAUCAUGCUGCUUCGUCAAUCGAAGAAAUAUUGCGACUGACGCCUCAGCUUUCUUUUCCGCGGAAUUCAGUCGUUUGUGCUUUUGAGAUUCUUUCCGUGUAACUUCAAAAUGAGGCUCCUGAGUCGACUGAGUCCAAUGAUUACUUAUCUACGCAACUUUCCCUUGAAUGGGAAGAAGUUUUUGCUUAUCUCCAUGCUCCUCUUCUCAGUUUACUCAACAUACUUCAUCACGGACAGGCUGGAGCAUUACCGACUGUUCACCGGAUACACCAUCAAGCAACACAUGAAAUCCAUUUUGCAUCCGUGGUACAAAAAUCACGGGAAAUAUAUUCCACCGUUCGUGGAAGUGAAGAAUCUUUUGAAAGCCUCUGACGAAGAACUGGCUCAAAUUAAAGCUUUGUUGGUGUCGUAUGAGAAUGUUCCAGUCGAGCAAUUUAUGUCAACACCUCAAGGUUAUGACGAAUGGGGGAACCCUGACAAAUUACCGGUUCUGAAGGCGAGUUUUGGAUCCGUGAACAUCCGGUCAUGUCACUUGACAGAGAGAACAAGUGGCUCUCCAAUCGUCCAAUGCAUCACCUAUGUGGAAUUAAGCAAGGAAUAUUUUAAAUCAGUACAUGGUGCAGAACUCAAGGUAUUUUUGAGAUUGGGUGCGAUUUACUGGACCCAUGACCGGAAGCAGAUAUACGAGAAGUCGACUCCGAGUGACUCGGUUUCUUUCGAAAUUACCAAACGCAACGAAGGCAAAGAUAUCGUUUUCUCCUUCGAAUUCCCCGAAAAUUCUGAUAUCAACGAGCUGCCGGCGAUGAGUUUGACCGACCCGAAGUUGGGAUGCGUGGCAAACACCAAUGGCAUCAAAAUUAACCAUUUGCAUACGAAUAUUUCGAAUUCCUUAGCGGAACCUCAAGAAGAAGAAGACUUCGUCGUUUGCGCAAAAGAUCUGUUUUUGCCUUUCGACGAUGAGUCAGCAAAACUGACGGAAUGGUUCGAAAUGGUGAAAUUACUCGGGGCCAGCCAUGUUUUCAUGCCUCUGACUGGGGAAUUCCAACAUCCGAAUGUUGAACUCGUUAUCAAGAAAUACGUUCGAGAUGGCUUUCUGACAACCAGAUUGGGAAAUUGGCCAGGUAGACAUUCCUGGCCAACUGGAAUGAUAACCCUUGCUCGGAAUGCUCCAGAAAAUUCUAGUUUGCACAGACUUCAAGAAUCCCUGCUUGCCAUGGACUCCAUGUCUUGCAUUCUAGAUGCCAUCGGAAGGUAUAAAUACGCCGUCGUCCUCGGGUCGAACGAGUUGAUCCUGCCAAAAGGCGAAGGAAUGCAAACAUGGCAAGACGUGAUGAGCAAAAUCCCUGACAAAGGAGAAUCUUCCGUUUGUUUUCCAAGCAAGCAAGUCAUCAAGCAUAAAUCCCGAAGAUACAACAACACUGAAGGCUUCAACGUAGACUUACCAACCAACACGUUUUUUCUCAAUCACCUUCACACCUUGCCAGCAGAUUUAAAUUCCCCAGUCUCAACUCACUGCAUACACAAUUUGGCACAUGUCAAAGAAUUCGUUGGAUCAGAAACCGGUUCUGUCAAUUGCUAUCAUGGUUCGCAAGUGACGAAUCAAGCUUGUAAACGGGUCAACGUGGAUCCUGAUCUGGCUGAAUGUUACGAAUACACAGAAAAAUGUUUUCCGCGAAGACACGAACCUGUUGACAAAUUUGGAAUUUUUCCGACUUGUGAGCUGAUUUCGCUGCUUAGGAGACUGUUGAAUGAAGGAACCCGAUUACUUCCGAGACCAAGUGCGACGCCGGCGUUCGUCGGUGGCACUGCUGUCGACAAUCGACACUCUUUCGGAUACGUGGCACGAAUCCUAACACGGUAUUCCGAAUACAACGGUGUUCUCUGUACUGGGGCCUUGAUCCACCCCGAAUGGGUCAUCACUGCUGCUCACUGUGUCACUCGGGACACCACGAGAAUUCAACCCCCAGAAGGCCUCGUUGUCUAUCUGGGUGACCUUAUGGUAGGAAUUCACGAAGAAGAAGAACAACAGUUCACUGCCUGGGCGGAGAUUCACCCGGAAUACGAGCCCGUCACUCGCCACAACGACAUCGCCAUGUUGUUGCUGUCACAUCCUGCCAAAAUUGACUCCAUGACGUUUCCA